AAAAAAAAAAAAAAAAAAUGUUCGAAACAUUUAGCGCAAGGACGUUUACAAAGUCUGAUUUGUAGAAGAGGCAUUCGUCUACAAGAAAUACUCAGAGAUAUUUAUGAGACCAUGUGCAAUAGAUACAUAAGCUUUAUCUAUAAAUCAAGUUGGUGACGGACCCGACUCCAAUAUUAUUUGAAAAAUUUAAUUCAAAGGGAAAAAAAUAAAAGUAAAGGGAAAAAUAAAAGUGCAUUUAUUUACAUGUUAUGGUCUUUCUCAAAUGUUAUGAAUAAUUGUAUAAAAUCUUUUUUAGCUGAUUCUUUAGAAAGUUUUAAUAAGAUUUCAAAACUUCCUUAGAUUUGAAAUCUUUGUUACUUGAUAUACUGGUAUUCUUGAAAAGCUGUCAAUAAUCGUGCUAGUUCCUGUUUUUCAUGAUUAUAUGCUAAUAUGGACUAAUAGUAGCUCUUUGGAUAACAUUUGUAACAUUAGCUGAUAAGUUUAUAUGAUAUGAAUGUUUUUUUUUUUUAUUAGUUAAUUAUAAGUACCUUAUGUUAGCUUAAGUGCUUGUUUUUUCAUAAAUCUUAAUUUUGUUUGUGUCAUUCUUCAUUUAUCUGGGUGCUUGUUUUGAUAUUGCUAAUGACAACACCAUUCAGACUUUUUGUAAAAGAGAGAGAGGAUAUUGCAUGUGCUUUGGCCAUGAAAAGAAAGAGGAAACAUGAUGAGAUGUUAAAUUCAGAAGGGAAACUUCCACAGUUUGACGUUAAAUUAGAAGGAACCCCUGUUCCAUCCAGUACUGUGAAGAGAGCAGGACCUUACCUUCUUGGUCCAACAAUAGGAAAUUCACCUGUUAAGAGUAUUGUGCAAUGUUUAGCUAGGCUUGAAGGAACUGACAAGUAUUACACCUUGAAGAUUUUAACCCUCAAAGAUCAGGAAGAAGAAUGCCAAGAUGACCGACAAGGCAAAAUGCUGAUACACACAGAAUAUUCUCUGCUCUCUCUUCUUCACGAUAUGGAAAAUAUUAUUCAUCAUCAUGGAUUUUUUAAAGAUCGCGCAAUGGAAGAAAAGGCAUGUCCAGACAGGAAAUUAGUAUAUACUGGUCGAGUCAUUGAGAGAGCUUGCCUCGUUUUGGACUGCUUGGUAGCUCAUGAUUAUGCUCCACAUUCAGUAGAGUAUAUUAAUCUCCAGCAUUAUGUUAUUAGAGAAAAAAAGUUAUGUGAAAGGGAAGCAGCUCUUAUAUUAUUUAAUGCUGUUAAAGUUGUUCACAUACUUCAUGAGAGAAAUGUUGUACAUCGUGACCUAAAACUUGGAAACCUAGUUCUACAUCAAAGUACUCAUAAAGUAAUUGUAGCAAAUUUUUGUUUGGGAAAACAUCUUGUAAGUGAAAAUGAUACACUUAAAGAUCAAAGAGGUUCUCCUGCAUAUAUUUCUCCUGAUGUUCUAUCUGGGAAACCAUAUCUUGGAAAACCCUCAGAUAUGUGGGCUUUAGGAGUUGUGCUAUUCACUAUGCUGUAUGGACAGUUCCCGUUCUACGAUUCAAGUCCUACUCAGCUAUUUACUAAAAUCAAGAUAGCAGACUAUGCUAUUCCUAACGAUGGUCGAGUGAGUGAAAAUAUGAUAUCUCUGAUCAGAAAUUUACUUUUACUGAAUCCUUUGCAAAGACUGAAAACAGACCAGGUAUUGGACGCACUUUCGACGAUAUUAGCUACUACUGCAAACAUAUUGAUGGAUGAACCACUUCAGGUUGUACCAGAGUAUGAUGAAAAAAAGGAAAAAGAAAAAGAAGAAAAAGCAAAAGAAGGAAAAUCUGUUGAAGUUGGGAAAGAUCCUUUUUCAGAGUUUCUUGCUAAUAACACUGCAGGAGUUUACAUAAGGAAUAUUACAGAAGAAAGUAGAGGAAACAGGGGUUUGCCUGAACGAAGAAUUGGUGGUCAGAUCUCAGUUCACCGAGUCGGAGAAGAUGCCCGUGGGAUGUGCCAGUCAGAGCUGUGCCGUUUCAGACAUCUCUUACCCCCCGGGAUGGUUGUCGAUCCACCAUCUUCACCCGGCCUUGGUCAUCUCCUCUCUCCUUAUAUCAGACCAAGGGAUCAGCAACAUCUUUAUCUGUGAUAAUAGGACACAAGUUUUAUUAUAAAUAUUAAAUAAUGUACAGAAUUUGUCAUAUAAUUUAUUUAUUUUAAUUAUUAAUGAUUUAUGUACAUUGAUUACUGUGAUUGUUUUAUGACUUAUAAUUUUGCAGUUACAUAGUCCUCUUUGAUUAUGCUAACUGCUGACAUUUUUUUUUUUUACUUACUAUGAUGUAAAAAUAAAGUAAAGGCC